UGUACAAGUUGAGAUGUCUCUGUCUCUGUCUUCCACAGAGCUUAUAAAUGAGUGAAACAACCAAAGCUUUUGGUUUAUGACUUAUGAUGCAUUUAUAAUCACACGACUCUUGUCUUUCAAUUCUAUUGCUUCACUCUCUUCUCCCAAAUUACAGAAUCUUUGGUCCAUACAAAAAAACAAUCCGUGACCGUUGAUUUUAUAUUUGGAAAACAAUCUUGGCUAAAAUAUCGUUGAUUCCUUUCAUUUCACUUCUGGUCUAAAACAUUUCAAGAUCUAAACAGCAAAAACCUUUUUUGUCAAAACCGUUUCUUCUGGUAAAUUAAGUUUUUUUUUGGGUUCUUGUUUUCAAGAAGAAGAUGGUCGUCAAGAAUGUUCAAGAUUUGGAUGUUCUUCCAAGAAGUAGCUCCGAUUUAUUCGAUGAUGAUGGUCGUCCCAAACGAACCGGGACGGUGUGGACAGCAAGUGCACAUAUAAUAACAGCCGUUAUAGGGUCAGGAGUGUUGUCUUUAGCAUGGGCUGUUGCUCAGAUCGGUUGGGUUGGUGGUCCAGUCACUAUGUUGCUCUUCUCUCUCGUCACUUAUUACACAUCUACCCUCUUAUGUUCUUGUUACCGCUCCGGCGACUCUGUUACCGGCAAAAGAAACUAUACUUACAUGGACGCUAUUCACUCCAACCUCGGUGGCAUUAAGGUGAAAAUAUGUGGAGUUGUACAAUAUGUUAAUCUCUUUGGUACUGCAAUUGGAUACACUAUUGCAUCAGCUAUAAGUUUGAUAGCGAUUCAAAGGACGACUUGCCAACAGACUAAUGGGGCAAAUGAUCCAUGUCAUGUCAAUGGGAAUCCGUAUAUGAUUGCGUUUGGGAUUGUACAAAUCAUAUUUUCACAGAUUCCGGAUUUUGAUCAGUUAUGGUGGCUGUCUAUUGUCGCGGCAGUCAUGUCUUUCGGUUAUUCGGCCAUCGGGCUUGGCCUUGGUGUCUCUAAAGUGGUUGAGAACAAAGAAAUUAAAGGUACUCUUACUGGAGUUACCAUUGGGACAGUGACUAGUAGUGGGACGGUGACACCACCACAGAAAGUUUGGAGAACGUUUCAGUCACUUGGAAACAUUGCGUUCGCGUACUCUUACUCUAUGAUUCUCAUCGAAAUUCAGGACACGGUUAAAUCACCGCCCGCAGAAGAAAACACGAUGAGAAAAGCGACUUUCGUAAGUGUGGUAGUGACGACACUCUUCUAUAUGCUCUGUGGCUGUAUAGGAUAUGCGGCAUUCGGGGAUUCUGCACCCGGAAAUCUCCUUGCUGCUGGAGGGUUUAGAAACCCGUUUUGGUUGCUUGACGUAGCGAAUAUCGCCAUUGUGGUCCAUCUAGUCGGCGCUUACCAAGUUUAUUGCCAGCCUCUCUUUUCUUUCGUCGAGAAGGAAGCCUCCAAGAGGUAUCCAGACAGUAAGUUCAUUACAAACGAGAUAAAGAUCCAACUUGUUCCGGGGAAGCCUUUCAAUUUGAAUCUCUUCAGGCUCGUGUGGAGGACGAUUUUCGUUAUGACUACAACGUUAAUCGCAAUGCUAAUGCCUUUCUUUAACGAUGUACUCGGACUCUUAGGGGCCAUCGGUUUUUGGCCUUUAACGGUUUAUUUCCCGGUGGAAAUGUACAUUUCACAGAAAAAUGUUCAGAGAUGGGGCACAAGGUGGGUUUGUCUAAAAGUCUUGAGUUUGGCCUGCCUUGUCGUGUCCGUAGCCGCGGCUGCAGGAUCCGUAGUUGGCAUUGCCAGUGAUCUCAAGGUCUACAAACCUUUCCAAACGGAUUUCUGAAACCUUACGGAAAAAUAAACUCCUGGUUGAAAGGUUUAAGAUUAGAAUUGAAAAAUGUUUUAAUGUUAUCUUUGUAUUAGUUAAAUUAACUUUGUGUAAGUGUUCAAUACUAAAUCAUGUUUAUACGGAGAAUUCUUACAACAUUGUACUAUCAUGAAUCA